UGCAUAAGAGAAGACUCUACUCAUCACUGUAGAGAGAGGGAGGCUCUAAAGCUUCACAGCAAUGGCAGCUAUAAUUUUAUCUCUCUUGGUAUUAUCGCUCUCGUUGUUCACCGUAAUUUCGUCGUCAUCGCUUCCUGGCCUCCAGAUCCUCCAGGCAGAGCGCCAAAUUGAUUUGACUUCGCACAUUGUUAGGGUUUACUUGACGUUGAAGGUAGAAAAUAUCGAGGAUGAUCCAGCUUCAACAGUUCUACUUGCAUUUCCACCUGCACAGUUUGACCGUCUAGCGUUGGUUAAAGCAGCUGUAACUGUUGGCAAGAAAAGGAAGAAAUCCUAUGUCCCUCUUGAAGUUAACCCAACUGAGCAACCUAGCUCGCCUAACGGCACCAAAUAUUACGCUAUAUCAUUGCUCAAGCCAUUACUGAAGGGUGAAACUACCACUCUAGAAAUACUUUAUAUAUUGACCCACUCACUUGAACCCUUCCCAGUUGAGAUAAGCCAAUCAGAUUCUCAAUUGGUUUAUUACCAUGACAGUGCUAUUAUACUAUCACCAUAUCAUAUCAAACAGCAGGCAACAUUGGUUAAGACACCCAGUAACAAGGUCGAAUCAUUCACACAAGUUGAACCCACUCACCGCAGUGGUAAUGAACUGAGAUAUGGGCCGUUUGAGGACGAGCAUCCUUAUUCAUACUUUCCUAUUAUCAUUCAUUUUGAAAAUAACAACCCAUUUGCUGUGGUGGAGGAGCUUGAACGUGAAAUUGAAGUAUCUCAUUGGGGGAGUGUCCAGGUGACUGAGCAUUACAAGUUAGCUCAUGCUGGUGCAAAGCACAAAGGUGUUUUCUCAAGGGUUGAGUAUCAAUCAAGACCUGCUGCUAGUGGUGUCUCUUCUUUCAAGCAUCUUCUUGCCGAGCUACCCCCACGAGUUCAUUCUGUCUACUACAGGGAUGAUAUAGGGAACAUAUCAUCAUCACGUUUACGCACAAGUUCCAAGAAGUCGGAGCUGUUAAUAGAGCCACGAUAUCCUUUAUUUGGGGGCUGGAAAGCAACUUUUGUCAUUGGAUACGGGGUUCCGCUACAGGAUUUCCUUUUUGAGUCAGCUGCUGGUGCUCGUUAUCUAAAUUACAGUUUUGGCUGCCCUCUUGCUGAUACUGUAGUUGACAAGUUGACAAUCAAAGUUGUCCUCCCAGAGGGAUCACAGAAUCCUUCUGUCGAAGUUCCUUUUGCAAUUGAACAAAGUUUGGAGACAAAGUACUCGUACCUUGAUGUGAUUGGACGGACAGUGGUGGUUCUGGAAAAGAAGAAUGUGGUUCCUGAGCAUAAUGUUCCUUUCCAGGUCCAUUACAAGUUCAACCCUAUAUUUAUGCUUGCUGAACCCUUGAUGCUAGCUGCUGCAUUUUUCCUGUUCUUCAUCACUUGUGUUGCAUACCUUCACAUCGAUCUCUCCUUACGGAAAUGAAAGCGUAACUAUUUAAGUAUUCUUGCAAGUUUACCUAUCACCGGAAGCAGCAAGAAUUUCCAGACAGCCAAAUAUAGAUCACAUCUUGAAGUUCAGGGAUAGGGUGACGAUUUCUGAUACGUAUUAGCCAAAAGGAAGCAGAACUACAGAUUUUGCAUCAUUGUUACAGAUUUCAUCCUCUUUCACAUGGUCGUGUCUCUUUACAGAAAACAAAAUAUAUUAUGCUAAACUGUUGCAGCUAUGCGACUCGAGAGAACAUUUUGGCUGUUAAUUUGAAGUUAGGUAGUUUCUAUAUUGUCAUGGCUGUUAUUAUUGCUCCUAUGCCCGAAAAGAAACAGACGAGGAGUGAUAUCUUGACUGGAAUUCUUUUUGCCUAAACUAUGGGGUCACUCUCAACUUGUAGUUGUCA